GGCACCCCGCGGUAGUACAACCCCCCCACCCGGACCGGAGGAACGCCCCUUCCUCAUCCCGAUGCCUCUCCUGCUCUGACUCUCCCAUCCGUCUCUCUCCCCCAAUCGAAAGCAAGCAAGCGAGCAGAGAGGAGAAGCGAGGAAAGGGGGGCGAGUACUAUGCGCUGGAGCAGGCCAUGGUGGAUAAGGGGGAGCUGAGGAAGGCGGGCGAGCUCAUGGGAACGGCUGCGGCGCCAGAUCGAGCGGAGAUGCCGCCCAAUCCGACGGAGCCGCCGGCGCCGGCGCCGGCCAAGAAGAAGAGGAACCUCCCGGGGACGCCAGACCCGGACGCGGAGGUGAUCGCGCUGUCUCCGGGGACGCUCAUGGCCACCAACCGGUUCGUGUGCGAGGUGUGCGGCAAGGGAUUCCAGCGAGACCAGAACCUGCAGCUGCACCGCCGGGGCCACAACCUGCCGUGGCGGCUGCGGCAGCGCGGGCCCGGGGCGGCGCCGCCGCGCCGGAGGGUCUACGUCUGCCCGGAGCCUGGCUGCGUGCACCACUCGCCGGCCCGCGCGCUCGGGGACCUCACGGGCAUCAAGAAGCACUUCUGCCGCAAGCACGGCGAGAAGCGGUGGGCCUGCCCGCGCUGCGGCAAGCGCUACGCCGUCCAGGCCGACCUCAAGGCCCAUGCCAAGACCUGCGGCACCCGCGAGUACCGCUGCGACUGCGGCACCCUCUUCACCAGGAGGGACAGUUUCGUGACUCAUCGCGCCUUCUGCGGCGCCCUCGUCGAGGAGACCGGCAGAGCUCUCACUGUUCCGGCACCGCCUUCACCUCGGCCUCCUGAUUUGGUGGAGGUUGAGGAGAAUGUGGUCAAGGACAAGGAGAAGGGGGAAGAGAAUGUGGACCGGGACAAGGAGACUGAGGAUGAGGAGAAGGGGGGAGAAGAGGAUAAUGGUACUUCUGCUGUGGCCGAGGUGGACGAGCCUCAGUGCGUCGAGGCAGCGACGGAGGAGCCCCAGCGCAGUCCAUCGCCACCAUCUCCACCACCACAGGAGCAGCAGCCAGUGGCAGUGGUGCCAAAUGUGGAUGAGACAGAGGUGGUUGCUGAGUCAAUUAUGGAUGUCAAGCAAGAGGAGGAAGACAAGGGAGAUGAAGAUGUUUGCUUCCAUGAAGCUGAUCAAUACGAUGGCACUGAGCUAGAGGACUCCAACCUGCCAGAUAAAGAUAAUGAUACCCCGAUGCUUCCUUGCUUUCUGCCUGCACCCUCGGAUGCCAUUGGUACAGAUGGUCGUGGCACGAGUUGUGGCUCAAUCAGCAGUGCUUCCAAUUCCAUUGCACCAGCAACAACGACUAGCACAUUUGCUGGGCUGUUUGCAUCAGCCACGACAAGCGCCACUCCCCAGAGUAGAUCGCUGCGUGAUCUUAUUGGUGUCGAUCCCACCUUCCUUUGCCUUGCGAUUGGUGCACCGUCGUUCCCUCAAACAAAUGCAAGCAACCCUGGCUCCUUUGCUCCACCUCCAGCACCGCACAUGUCCGCAACUGCACUCUUGCAGAAGGCUGCUGAGGUUGGAGCUUCUCAGUCAAGCUCGUCUUUCUUGAAGGAAUUUGGGCUUGCAAGUUCCUCCACAUCAACCCCAUCCAGGCCACCUCAAAGGUCUAUAGAUGGCCCAACACAAUGCCAGCUACCUCAAGGGAGGUUCACCGAAAACUCGACACAUUCCAAGCUAUCUCAAGGGAGUUUCAUGGAUAACUCGCCACCAUCCCAACAACAUCAAGGAAGACCUCAAGGAAGGUUCUUCGAUAACUCGAUACCAUCCAAUCCACCUCAAGGAAGGUUCUGCCAUAAUUCGCCACCAUCUAAUCUGCCGCAAGGAAGGUUCUUGGGUAACUCAUCACCAUCUAAUCUACCUCAAGGAAGGUUCUUGGGUAACUCACCACCAUCUGAUCUACCUCAAGGAAGGUUCUUCGGUAACUCGCCACCAUCAAAUCUGUCUCAAGGAAGAUUUGUUGAAUAUUCACCGUCAUCCAAGUUAAUGCCAGGACAGUUCAUCAGUAACCCCACACUAGCCAAGCUGCCUCAAGGAAGGUACAUCGAUAGCUCGCCACUACCCAACCUGCCGCAAGGAGGGUAUGUCGAUAGCUCGCCACCAUCCAAGGUGCCGCAAGGAGGGUAUGUCGAUAGCUCGCCACCAUCCAAGGUGCCACAUGGAAGGUACAUCGAUAACUCGCCACCAUGCAAGCAAUCACAAGGCAUGUUCGUUGAUAACAGUGCACAGCAGUGGCACCACCGGAGUAAUCAGCUAAUGGAUAUGGAGCCCAGGCCAAUGCUGUCUGGCAGUCUUGGCCUUGGCCUCGCGUACAACGGUGCAAAUCCAGGGUUGCCAGAUUUGAUGAUGGGGCAAUCACCACUGUUCGGUCCCAAGCCUGCUACUCUGGACUUUCUUGGGCUUGGUAUCGGAGGGACCAUGGGCGGCUCCACGGCCAAUGGUGGCCUCCCGGCAUUGAUGGUUGGAGGAGAGCUGGACAUGGGGUCUGUGCAGGCUCCAUGGGAGGAGGCCAAGAGGAAUACCAACGGCCGUACAAUCCUGUGAGGUUUUCUUUUUGUAACCUUAGGGGAUUUUUCUGCUUUGGUUCAUCAUUCUUUCAGCUGCUGAUGUUGGUAGUAGAAGCUACAACUGUGUAAGCUGCAGACUUGUAUAUAGAUCUACCCUUCCAAUACCCCUACUCUCCUGUCUAAAUUAAAAGCUGUUACUAUAGAGAGAAUUUAUCCUUGCAAGUUGGAGCCAUAACAUUGGUGAGACCUGUUCCUGUCAAAUGCAACGAGGUCACAGGGGUAAGUAGUUGCCUUUAUUACCGAUA